AUAACCACGCCGAGCUCUUCGCCAAAGGCGCCGACGGCGACAUCAACCAAUAGCAGGCCGACACUCACUCCUCCAGUUUGGGAGUAAAAAUUCAGACAAACAACCACACACUCGGUAAUACUGAUUAGAAGAGGAUAUGAUCCUCUGGAACUUGGCAGAUUGCUUCCUAAUUUCAGAGACCUGAACUUGUGAUUGCUUCAAAGAUUGUUAGGCAUUAUCAACAGCUCAGCCAAACAAGGAUCCGAAUCACCUCAGCAUCAACUAAUAAAAUCCACCUCAGCUACACACGCAAUAAUCAAGCCAUCUCAGCAUGAAGAUUCUUCCAGAAUUUCUUAGAAUAUCUUUCUACAAUUCUCUGAAUUGGUUUUUCUGUUGUAAAUCGCAUGUUACGGUUACAAUAUGCGCCUACAAAUAGCUGUAGGAAACACGCACACCAUGUGCUUGUUUAAAUGUCAAAACUGCCCUGUAACUCUCCUAUAUAAAGGAGCUCUUGUAAAACAGUAAAUUUAAGUGAAAUGAAUAUACAAAUUCAAUAAUUCUUCAUGGCAUCACACACCUUUCCUUCCAUUUCCAUGAAAGUUUCUCCGAAGUGUUUGAAUGAGGAUACAAUCUCACGGGCAGUGAUAACAUCUGCUUGAAGAGUAGUCAAGAACUUGUCAAGUCCUCUCGCCUCUGAAUCUAAAAUUCCCGAUAAUAGAUCAAAUUCCACGCUUGAGGAAGACCAGAUCUCGGUGGGAAGGCCGGAUCCUUUCCCAUCGCCGUCGAGAAGAGCAGUAGAGCAGAGGCUAUCUCAGACAAAUCGAGAUGCUAGGGCUUUCGGAACAUCUUUCAGACCACAGACAUGGGAACAAAAUGCUACGAAGAUGAAUCACGAUCAGGUGUACGAGGAGCCAGAACUUGAGAUAUGAUGAUAGUUGUACUAGUAUUGAUUCUGGGGUUCUUGUUGGGAUUUCUGUUUUUGAUCCCACGAGACCGUAAAUCUGGUAGUACGAAAAAGGUUGAGACAAAUGCUAGCAAUAAGAAGGCAUCCAGCAUCUACAGUAAAUCUGAAGUCUCGUUGCAUAACAAGAAAACUGAUUGCUGGAUCAUCAUCAAGGACAAGGUUUAUGAUGUUACCUCAUACGUAGAGGAACAUCCAGGUGGUGAUGCCAUCUUAGCACAUGCUGGUGAUGAUUCAACUGAAGGUUUUUACGGGCCACAGCAUGCUACCCGAGUAUUUGAUAUGAUCGAUGAUUUUUACAUUGGAGAUCUGGAGCGGUAAUCAAUCACAGCCAUCAGUUCGUGAUUUACAAGAAAAAUGUGCUUCCGAAAAUAUCAUUGUUCUGUUCCCCAUUCCUGCCUUUAUGGAUGACUUCUACAUUGGAGAUCUGGAGCGGUAAUUAAUUACAGCCACCAGCCUGUAAAAUGGACAAGAGAGACGGUUUCUGCUUUCAUUUAUGACCUAAAAUUGGAGAUGUUCUAGUAAUUAAUUACAGCCAUUGAUUGGUAAGUUUGACAAGAUAAACGUACCUUCCAAAUCUGAUUUCUCUUUUGAUUUUCCUGCCUUAAACGCAACAGUCUUGUAUCGUGCAUACUAAUUAUUCUCAGUUUCUUUAUUCAGUAAAUGCUCCAUCAAUUGCUUAGA